AUGUCUUCCACCCUCCCAGACGAGCAAGACUCGCUCGAGUCCACCUCACCUGCUACCCCGCGCAAGCCACCUCCUGCCGGGAACGACGAACAUGAUACUGCCACACCAAAGACUCCCGCCGCUGCUCGGGCGGCGGCGACCCCUCGGAGCGCUCCCGCCGCCGCUCGCGCGCGUGCCCUGAGCAAUCGGAAGACGAUGCAGGAGCCACCGACCUUGCUCGCCGACUUUCUUCUUGGCCGUCCCUCUCCCCAGCGCAAAGCUGCUGAGCGAUCACGCCAGCGUCGCCAGAGCCUCGAUGCCGUCAAGGCUGAGAUGCGCCAGUCAAGUGUGCGCAAACUCCAACAACCUGGCGGCGUUCGCGACCGGGUCAAACAAUGGCAGAAGACCAACGCCACCGCCAUGGUCGCCGGCGACCCCGCGGCUACCCCCAGUGAGCCGACCGAGAUUGCAAGUUUUCCCGACGAAGCCGAAAGCGUCAAUGAAGACGACCGCGUACGCAUCAAGACGAGGCAAAAGAAAAAGCCGGCGAAACCGAUUGUGCACAACGAUGCUGGGGCUACUAGUGCCAACGACGACAAGUCUGCAGAUCGAGACCCGGGGUCGAAACGCUCGCGAUCCAAAGGCCCGCCGAAAAGAGUCGUCAGCGAUACGAAUUGGAUGGCCAAGAAGAACAAGAAAAACAGUCCACCACGGGCAAAAUCACCACCGAAGGCCAAGCUGGCAAGUCCCAGCCCCGGCCCUAUGCCGCUCCCCAAGGGCUUCUUACUGCGACCGUCCGUCAACCCGCCUGUAUCCAAGAAGAUCAAGGACUGGGCGGCAAAGGUUGAACUCCCAGCGUCACCACCUCCAUCCGAGCACCGCAGGUCCAAGUCUAGGGGAGCCACCACAGAUGGCGAGGGCGGGGACAAUAUCUCCAGAAGCUCAUCCCGGCCGCCACCCUUAGACGAUGACGGAAUUCGUGUAAGACCGUUGAGGACGAAGAUUUUGGAGGACGAUGGAAUACGCGUCAAGCCCUUACGGACACCUGUACGAGACGAUGGCAUUAGGGUCAAGCCGACUCGCGACACACCAGAAGCAGGCGGCUCAUCUCACGUUUCAUCGUCUCACUUAUCGGCCGGCCGACCAUCAUCAAGCUCUCAGUGUAAGCCUUCGCCGACGCGAGACGACAUUGUUGUCAUGGAUGAAGACGAGUCAGAGUGUAUAGAAGUCAUCGAAGAACCCGAUUCCUGUCCAGACACACCAACAAGGAAACCUUCUGGAGAACGGCCCCGGAGAGUGAGCCGGAGACGAACACCACCGAAAAGACGAAACGACACGAUACGAGAUGAUCAGUCGUGGAUCAGCACUGACGAUUCUGCCAUUCGGGCCGGCAUGGACUCGGAUCUUGGCUCCAGUGAUCUCACCAGUGCAGCUGGAGCCAAGUCCCUCGCAGACAUCCCCGUUGGCUUCUCCGCUUUCAGUGAACUCGACCUGCCCAGUGGGAAGGGCAAGCGUCCCAAAGCGCAGCAUAACCCUAGUUUCAAGGCUGUCCCCAAUGUCUUCAAGAAAGUGGUGACAGAAGGCAAGAAGAUUCUCCACGAAGCCAAGGAGCCUCCCAAACCCAUCGUAGCGAAUAAGCCUCCUAGUAUCGAGAAGUGGCUGAGCAAGACUGUCGAUCCUUUUGUUGAGGAUGCAGACGGUAAAGGUUUGAAACAUGUCGAGAAAAUUUCAAUCUCAAAGGAGCAUUUGCGAGACACCGCGACCAGGAGACGAUCUUCGGGAGAGAACAGGAGAAGAAAGUCAUCGCCUCCUCCCAAGACGGAGCUCACCCAACUCACUGAGCUUACUGAAAGCACAGGGUUGACCGAGUCAACAGGGCUCACAGAGUCGACUGGGUUCACCGAAUCAACAGGCUACACAGGCACGACGACCUCGACCGAGAACGACGAGAACAAAGAGCCUCGUCCGGAAUCCGACGAAAAGAAAGCUCACAGUCCUGCUACGACGCCUACGUCGGCAGGUCUCAGACGACGAGCUGCUACGCGAGCCACGUCAUCACCUCUCAAACCCGCAGGCAAGAAGCCGUUCAGAGAAGUGCUCAAAGAGGCCUUCCGGGGGGAGUCUGGUGCUCACUUUUUCACGCCCAAAGUCUACCCCAGCUGCGAGAGGGAACCUGAGCCGGACUAUGACAGCUACGAUGACGAUGACUACUCGAGUCGAUAUGAUGAUCGCCGCAGACGGUCCGGUUCUAGUGGAAGCUGGACCGAUGAGCCCUCAUCUGUCGGCGACGGUAAGGCACAAUCUAUGCAGGGUCCCCGGCGGCGGCCCCCUACAAAUGGUGUACAUGAGCUUUCCACAAUCGUAGGCUCCGUUGAGGGCUACAGCAGUCAGGAGUCAGACUUGACUUCCAUCGUUUCCGACACGACUGUGACACAAUCCACUGCCCUUACGAAGGACACGGCGGUCUCGCGGCAGAGGAGCCACACGUCCGGAACAAGCCUUAAGCGGAGACUGACCAAGCAUUCCGACCUGGUGUCAGUGCUCUCGCUGCCCGAUGACAGUCAUGUGCCUGGAGGAGUGCUCAACACGCGAUCCCGCCCGAGCUUGAGGAAAGGCAAAAGCCACACCGACUCAGUGAUAUCCGUCACGGUGGGCGACCUCAUGCAGGAAUUCAUCGAUGACGAGAAUCUGUACCAACGAGAGCUGAAGACGCUCGUCGACGGCGUCAUCCCAGUCCUGUUGACGACUGUACUAAAAGGCGACCGCAACAGCACCUCGGGGCUCUUCGGCCCGGGGUCGCCUGGCACGAAAUCGACCGGACUUUCAAAAGCAGUCGUCAACAUGGGCAUCGCCUUGGAGAAAAUGAAAAAUGCCCAUAGGAAGGCCUCUCAUUCCGACAUUGACCGCCUCGUGUCAUGGAUGCAAGCAGCCGCCCCAAUUUAUGACAGCUACCUCGAUGCCUGGCGGCUUGGUUUCCAAGACCUCAUCGUCAACCUUCUGCCUGCGGCUGGUCGCCUGGAUGACGAGGAUUCGCUUAUCGGAGCCUUGCCGCGCAAUGACGAAGGAGACGUGAUCAACGAGAACGGAGAGAGGAUUGACGUUGCGCAUCUGUUGAAGCGGCCAGUGCUCCGUAUCAAAUUGCUCACAAGCUGGGCCAAGGGUGCGCACACGCUGCUUUCGAACAACGACACGCUGGCUCUCGUGGGUGACUAUGAAGUGCUGCAAGAAAAGGCUCGCCGCCGCCAGAAGGAAGAGUUGGCUCGCGUGACCGACGAAGACGCCUACAACACCGACACAUCCAGGACAAGAGAUCUUAGGACACUGGCACCCCUGGGCUCUAUCAAGAUUGACCCCACGAAGCAAGUCAGCGCCAAAGACCUCUUCUCCCUCAAUUUGAUCCACUCCAAUGGCCAGCGGCUGGAGUGCCGAGUCGAGUUGGUACACAGAGAUAACCCUUCCCGUCCGAACGACCAAGGAGACCUGCUCAUCCGCGAAACUGGAGGCAGUCGCCAGACAUGGCUUCUAUUUCCUCCGGCACCAGAGUCUGCCGUGUCAGCUCGUAGGGGAGAAAACGAUCUCGAGCUCGUAAUCAUGAUUUCGGGUACCCACAAUGGCAAAGCGUGGUACGAACUUCUGACAUUGAUGACCGAUGACGAAGAGCAGGUUGACGACUGGCUCGACAUUCUCGGCUCCACGCCUCUACCGCCGUUGUCCCGGGCGCCGAUCAUAAUACAGGACUCGCUCCCCUCUACUUCCUCCCCCCGCACAAAGGCAACGGAUGUACCUGUUGGCGGCCGAUUGCGCGCCAGCGUUCCUCCCUCUCCAACCCGAGGGUCAGCGUCCCCCGAGCCUUCAACACCGGCGAAGCGACCAACACCGAGCAGAUACCAUUCCCGAGCUGCCAGCCUUCCAACCACUCCCAUCACGGCCUCAGCGCCUGCUCUCCAGAACACCUCUCCAGACAGGACUCCUACUCAACAGUCCUACAACACUGCUCACGUCGAAAAUGACCGCAGCCGCCCUCUUAAAGAAAGCAUGCGCCCUGGGAACUUGUCGCUUGAUGAUGCGACUGCUUCUGAUGUGUCCAGCGACGCUACUACCUAUCGGGAAGACGGCGCUCCGCCCCCGCCGGUGCAUCGCGAAUUCUCCAAGUCGCCGGCCCCAGAGAUCACCCUAGAGAGUUCUCGUAUCAAGCGGCGGACUUCGUCUCCACUCAAACACGAAUACCUGCCAUCGGAUCACUCUUCUGUGACCGACGACUCUUUCACAGAAAGCUCGGAUGAUGACUACUCAGACGACGACUCCGAAGAUGGCACUGAGGUACCCGAGACAGAGCUUGGUGUCAGUAUCAAGGAUUCUAUACCCCUUCCCGCGCCAGGACACCUUUUGGAAGGAUCCAUGGUAUCGGAGUCUCUGUGUAGCGUGACCCCCUCCAGCUCGGCGUCUCAGGCCGGCCUACCAAGACGCAAUUCCGGCACCCCUGACACCUUCACCAAGUACAUCGCAACACUCUCUUACUGGUCCGACAAGAAGGGCGUAUGGAAAGACAUAUCUGGCGAGCCGUGCUCCGUCAUUGUAGGCCCCGGGAUCAUUGAGGCAUACAGCCUCGUCAUCGAUCAAACAAACGCCGCUGAGGAACAGUCCAAGCCCCUCGUCGCCCUUGACCUCACUCCUCUGGUGCUGCUCCGUCAGUCCACAGUCCUUGAUCUUGAGAUCCGUUCAGCCGUGCAAGAGCACUGCCAACACCAAAACCUUGGAGGUGGCAAUUUCCGCUUCCGCUGCACCUCCAGCACCGAGUGUUAUAACCUUUACAUGGCGGUUCACCACGCUCGCCUCAACAACCAAAAGUUCAUUCAACUUGAGAACGAUGCGCGGUUCAAGAACUUUGGCGAGAGGCAGGCUCCCGUUGAGCGUGACGACGACGGCAGUAGCCGGCGCCGUAGCUGGUUCGGUAGGAAGAACAGCUAUCGUGCGUCGACCCGCGCGCCUUCGCAAUCUCAGGAGGGCGGCAGCAUCGCGCCGUCGUCGAGCAUCUCGGCCGCCAGCUUCCUCAAGCGUCUCACUGGCGGCGGCAACCUCUCCUUCAAUAUCGCCCGAUCCUCCGUCGACAAGAACUCACAGUACGGCAACAACAGCAUCUACGCUUCUGAGUCGGGUUCCUCCGGCGGCGCUGCCUCUCCUCGGGCACCAUCUCUAUACUCGUCAGCACGAACAACCAACGGACAACCACUGUCGGCAGACAACAUUCGCAUCCGCCUUCAUCUUCUCGUCACAGCGACCAAGUGGGAAGACUACGGUAACUGCAGCCUUCAAAUUAGGCGACCGCCUCCAGGUUGGCACCAGGAACUCCGUGCCAACCACGGCCUCGAGAAGCGCAUCACAGUCACCACGUUGCCGAGGAAGGACUCGGAGACGCCCCGGAUCAUCCUCGACGCCGUAUUGGGCUCAGGGUGUUUCACGCCAAUGGGGUCUCGCGGUAUCAUCUGUGGUAUCUGGGAGGAGCUGCGCACAGCAACCGGCGAGGUUGGCAUCGCGCCCGCGACAGGCGGCGCGGCGGGAAGCAUCAAAAAGUGGUGUUUGCAGUGCGCAAGCGUCGGUGAAGCGCAAUGGGUGUUGAGGCUUGUACACCAGGAGGUUAUGCGGGCGUAA